CUCUCCCCACGCCACAGAUCUCUCCCUCUCGUCCCCACUCUCCCUUGCUCUCCACACCACCAUGGCGGAGGACGCCCCCACCGCCGGCGCCGAGGGCACCCACCCCGCGCCCACCGAGGCCACCGCGGACUCCGCCGCCCCUCCCCCACCCGCCGACAAGGCCUCCGCGGAGGCGCUGCUCCCGUCGCUCAGCAUCUGGCCGCCGUCGCAGCGCACGCGCGACGCCGUCGUGCGCCGGGUCGUGCAGACCCUGGCCGCGCCCAGCGUCCUCUCCCGGCGCUACGGCGCCCUCCCCGAGCCCGAGGCCGAGCGCGCCGCCGCCGCCGUCGAGGCCGAGGCCUUCGCCGCCGCCUCCGACUCCGCCACCGCCUCCCCGGCCUCCCUCGAGGACGGGAUUGAGGUCCUCCAGGCCUACUCCAAGGAGGUCAGCCGCCGCCUCCUCGACCUCGCCAAGGCCCGCGCCGCCGCCGCCGCUCCGGCGCCCCCCGCGGAGCUGAGCGCGGAAGAGUCCGAGGCCUCGUCGGCGACUGCUCCGGCCCCGGCCCCGGCGGAGGAGUAA